AUGCGGGGCCGGUGGCGGGGGGCGGCGGCGCUGGCGCUGCUGCUGCUGCUGCUGCUGGCGGCGGCGGCGGCGGCGUCGCGGGGCUGCCCGGUGCAGAGCCUGGGCUGCAAGUGCGCGGCGGAGCGGCACAAGGCGAGCGGCCCCCCCGCGCCUCGCCGCCGGGUGCUGUGCAGCGGAGGGGGGCUCCCGGCGCCGCCCGAGCCGCGGCUGCUGCCCGACGGCACCGCCACGCUGCUCUUGAGCAACAACAAGAUCACGGUGCUGGAGAACGGCUCCUUCUUCGGGCUGCGGGCUCUGGAGAAGCUGGACCUCAAGAACAACCUGAUCAGCACGGUGCGGCCUGGUGCCUUCCUCGGCCUCCCCGAGCUCAAGCGCCUGGACCUCUCCAACAACCGCAUCGGCUGCCUGAGCGCCAGCGUCUUCCAGGGGCUCUCCAGCCUCCUCCGGCUCAACAUGUCAGGGAACAUUUUCUCCAGCCUCCCGCCCGGUGUCUUCGACGAGCUCCCCUCGCUGAAAGUCGUGGACUUCGCCACCGAGUACCUGACGUGCGACUGCAACCUGCGCUGGGUGCUGCCCUGGGCCCGCAACCGCUCGGCGCAGAUCUCGGACCGGACGCUGUGCGUCUACCCCCGGCACGUGCACGCGGUCCCGCUGCGCGGCGCGCGCGACAGCCAGCUGCGCUGCGCGGGCGCCCCGGAGCUGCACACCCACCACCUCAUCCCGUCGCUGCGCCAGGUGGUUUUCCAGGGCGACCGGCUGCCCUUCCAGUGCACCGCCACCUACCUGGACAACAGCACCCAGAUCCGCUGGUACCACAACCGGGAGCCGGUGGAGGAGGACGAGCGCACGGGCGUCAUCGUGGAGGAGAGCCUCAUCCACGACUGCACCUUCAUCACCAGCGAGCUCAUCCUCUCCAACAUCCACGUCUCCGCCAACGGCGAGUGGGAGUGCGCCGUCUCCACCUCCCAGGGCAACGUCAGCAAGAAGGUGGAGAUCGUGGUGCUGGAGACCUCCGCGUCCUACUGCCCUGCCGAGAGGGUCACCAACAACCGCGGGGACUUCAGGUGGCCCCGCACCUUGGCGGGCAUCACCGCCUACCAGUCGUGCCUGCAGUACCCCUUCGCCUCGGGGCCGGCGAGCGGGGGCCCGGCGGCGGAGAAGCAGGCGUCCCGGCGCUGCGACCGCGCGGGGCGCUGGGAGGAGGGCGACUACUCCCACUGCCUCUACACCAACGACAUCACCCGCGUGCUCUACACCUUCGUGCUGAUGCCCAUCAACGCCUCCAACGCCCUGACCCUGGCCCACCAGCUGCGCGUCUACACGGCGGAGGCUGCCAACUUCUCGGACAUGGUUGAUGUCCUCUACGUGGCCCAGAUGAUAGAGAAGUUUAUUGGCUAUGUGGACCAGAUCAAGCAGCUCACAGACGUGAUCGUGGAGAUGGCCAGCAACAUCAUGCUGGUGGACGACCACAUCCUGUGGAUGUCGCAGAAGGAGGAGAAGGCGUGCACCAGCAUCGUGCGCUCCCUGGAGAAGAUCGCCGCGCACACGCUCAGCAGCAACUCCCAGCACAUGGCGGUGAACUCACGCAACAUCGCUUUCGAGGCGUACGUGGUGAAGCCCGAGAGCUACGUGGGGCUGAGCUGCGUGGCUUUCCAGCGGCAGGACGGGGGUCCCGCCGGGCGCAGCCCCCCGGCCGAGCGGGUGGCCGAGCCCCAGCCCGACCAGCAGCUGCGGCUGCGCUGCACCACGGGGCGCCCCAACGUCUCCCUGACCAGCUUCCACAUCAAGAACAGCAUCGCCCUGGCCUCCAUCCAGCUGCCGCCCAGCCUCUUCGCCAGCCCCGUCCCGCCGGCCCCGCUGGCCGACUGCAAGCUGCAGCUGCUGGUCUUCCGCAACGGGAAGCUCUUCUGCAGCACCGGCAACUCCUCGCGCCUGGCGGACGACGGCAAGCGCCGCAGCGUGGCCACGCCGGUCAUCUACGCUGGGACGUACGGCUGCGGCGUCGGAAACCUGACGGAGCCGGUGGCCGUGUCGCUGCGGCACCCCGGGGAGGGUGCGGACCCCGUGGCCGCCUACUGGAACUUCGAGGUGCUGGGGGGCAUGGGGGGCUGGAGCGCCGAGGGCUGCCAGCUGGCCGCCCGGGAGCCCAACGUCACCUCCCUGCACUGCCGGCACCUCAGCAACGUGGCCGUGCUCAUGGAGCUGAGCGGUUUCCCCAGCGAGGCGCGAGGCCCCAUGGAGGUGCUGCACCCGGCCAUGUACACCUGCACGGCCGUGCUGCUGCUCUGCCUCUUCACCACCAUCAUCACCUACAUCGUCAACCACGGCACCAUCCACAUCACGCGCAAGUGCUGGCACAUGCUGCUUAACCUCUGCUUCCACAUCGCCAUGACGUCCGCCGUGUUCGCGGGGGGCAUCACCCUCACCGGCUACCUGAUCGUCUGCCAGGCGGUCGGCAUCAUUUUGCACUACUCCUCCCUGUCCACGCUGCUGUGGAUGGCGGUGAAGGCCCGGGUUCUGUACAAGGAGGUGACCUGGAGGGCGCCCCGGCAGCCGGACGGGGACGCGGCGCAGCCGGCCCCUCGGCCCAUGCUACGGUUCUACCUGAUCGCCGGCGGCAUCCCGCUCAUCAUCUGCGGCAUCACGGCAGCCGUCAACAUCCACAACUACCACGACAACAACCCCUACUGCUGGCUGGUGUGGCGGCCCAGCCUGGGCGCUUUCUACGUCCCCGUUGCCUUCAUUCUGCUCGUCACCUGGAUGUAUUUCCUCUGCGCCGGGCUCAACCUCCAGUGCCGGCCUUCCCCCGAGAAAGAAGUCCCCGAGCCGCUGGAGACGCCGCCGAGGCUGGGGGGCGGUGGUGGUGACCUCCUGACGGACUCGGGGUCCAUCUCGGUCACGCUGAACUCGGGGCCCUCCUGCCCCGAGGCGGACGGCGUCUACUCCUUGAAAGUGCAGCUCUGGGCGCUGGUCACCACGCACGCCUUGUACGUCGCCCUGUGGACGUUCGGGGCCGUGGCCGUGUCCCAGCGCUGGUACCUGAACAUCAUCUUCAGCUGCCUCUACGGGGUCACGGCCGUGGCGCUGGGGCUCUUCAUCUUCGUCCACCACUGCGUGCGGCGCCGGGACGUGCUCGGCUCCUGGUUCUCCUGCUGCCCCUCCUACAGGGACGCGCUGCCCAUGCAGGCGUACGUCCACCCCGGCGCGGCGGCCUUGGGCGGCUCGCAGGUCUUCAUCGGGUGCGACCCGGAGGCGGCCCGCUCCGCGGAGUCGUCCUCCUCGCCCAGCAGCGCCGGCUCGGCCGCGGGCCGCUGCAAGCUCACCAACCUGCACGUGGCCCAGAGCCAGGCCGAGGCCCGGCCGGCCUCCUGCGAGGAGCCGGAGCCCGACGGCAAGAGCGCCGGGGCGGGCCGGCACGCCAGCAACCUCCACGGGCGCAGGAACCACAAGGGCAGAACUAAGCAGUACCGGGAAGGCAAGCACCACCGCUUGAAAAUGCUGCGGGGCCCUUCCUCGGAGCAGCCCUCCAGCGAGAGCGGGAGCGUCCACAACAGCCACUCGGAGAGCUACCACAGCAGCAGGAACAGCCCCCUGAACGUCGGCCGCGCGGGGCCGCGGCCCCCGGCCCCCCAGGAAGGGGAGACGGCGCCGAGCCAGUCGGAAGGCAGCGACGGCGGGCGGCGGGCCCCCGACUUCGCCGAGGCGCGGCGGAGGAGCGCCAGCAGGGACAACCUGCGGCAGGCCGGCGCCGUGGAGAAGGAGGCGAAGCGGCGGUCCUACCCGCUCAACGUGGCCAGCCACAACGGCGGCCUCAAGGGCAGCAAGUACGACGUCAACCUCGCCAGCGCCGACAGCGUGGCCGGGAUGAGGACCGGCCUCUGGAAGAGCGAAACCACCGUGUAAGGGAGGGGAAGGACCCGACGGCCGCGGCCCUGGAGCGCGUUCCUCCUCGGGCGGCUCCGGGAACCGCGGCCGGAGCUGCCGGGGGCGUCCUCGCGGGGCUGCGAGCGUCGCUACGUGCACUACGCGGGACCGGGCGUGCGGCACACACGGCUCUCGCUCGCCCGCCGGGCGGAGGGCGACGCCGGGCCCGUCCGUCCCAGGGAGGCCCCGGCCUUCCGCAGCACUGGUCUCGAGGUGAAAGGCAAGCGUUGCUCUUCAGCAGCCUGAAUGGCAGCCGUGCUUUCAUCGCUCCUGCAAGUCACUUCGGACUGAUCCUAAAUGCUAUUUUAUAAUAUACAGAGGAAACAAAUGUCUAUUUUUCAAAUUUCUAUAUUAUUGAAUGUAUAUAUGUAUAGACAGAGCCGUAACUGACGCAAGUGCCUCCGUGUUACCUACCAGUGUUCUCCAUGGGGCGAGCGUGCCCCCGGGGGUUUUGGCAAUAGUCCGCUCGUGCCACGACUGCAAUAUUCCCACCGGGGCCGAGGGGACCACACCAGGGGCCCUUUACAUAAGAUGCCAUCCUGCAGACGCUUGCACGGCCCCAGCCUAGACGAGCUUUUUUUUUCUGAACGAGUCAGAUAGAAGCAUCUCAGUUGGAAAUGUUUUUUACCUGCAAUCCUUUUUAAUCCGUGUGUUUUUAAGAGACAGUAUUUAGCCCUGUGGGUUACUCAGUCGCCAAAGUGAAAGCCAUAUUUCAAAGCAAGCACAAGGUAAGAGAAGCCACCGGUCCAAGAAAAGGCAAUACCUGCACGAUUUGGAUGCCAGACGUGAAAAUCAUUGCAAGGACGUGCCCCCAGCCCCUCACAGGGGUAACCUGUGCAAACUGGGGGCGGGUGGAGCAGCACCACUGCCCGGCCGCCAGAUGAACGCGGAUCCUCCAUCGCCUCCAGCAAACCAAAGAGCCCAACCCUGGGCACAGACACCAGAGCAGGUCCUCAGCCUUAACCCAGCUGUGCACACUCAGAAGAUGCCAUGCUCUGCUCUUACGUAGCCAAAAAAAAAAAACAACCAGGCAGCCCCAUAAUUAACGGCCUCGCAGUCUGUCCUGUGUAAGACAGGAGGAAAGAGCUCUGCGGAGGCAGGGGCUGCCCCUGGGAGAGGUGAGAGAACGAUGCCCGUGGCGGUGGUAGGGAGAUGUUAGUGAGGGAGAUGUGUUGGUGGUGGUAGGGACCUUCCUGUGGACCAUUCACGUGGGAUGUCCAAAGGGCUGGGACCUGGCUAAGCGCUCACUUUUCCCCAUUUGAAAACAAGUUCCCCCUUUUCUAGCAUGCAAACAGAAGGGCCAUACUUGCUGCAGGAGGCUCUAGGAGCGUUGCCACAUCGCGUCUUGGGUUGCUUACAGGUUUCCUAGAACGAGAGGAGGUGGUUUACCCCGCAGGCAGGCCGGCAGCCCCCACGCCUGUUUUAGCACAGUGCGGGCACCAGCAGUGCCUUACCGCAGGGCUGAGCCGGGGCCGUGCUGUACCUGCACAGUGCUGAGCCCAGCCGCCGUGCGACCUGUGCCAUCUUCAGCCUCCCUGCGCCUCAGUUUCUGUGCGUGCAGAUGGGUUUAACAAUCUUUACCUACCUCCCACGGGGGUCACAGGGAUCAGCAAGGGACUGAGAAGCGCUUAGGAGGCGCGCAGGCCAGUCCUCCGUGUACACCAUGGGCAAGGGGACCGCGGGAUCCAGAAGUUGGUGGAGUCAAUAGCACUUAUGGCAGAAUUUUCUCCCCUUCAGAACUAGCUCCUCCCUCUUUGGACCCCUCGUCCCGCAGGGCUGGAUUACCGCUGGGUUUGCCGCAGUUCUGCCACGCUUCUCUGACCAACUGCCUGCUUAAAAACAUGUUCUAUUGUGCCUGGUAUUUAAUACAAUUUAAAUCCUUACGUCAAUAUGCAGCCUACGUGGUCUUGCUGAUGCUGAGUUGUUAUAUAUGCUUGCUGCACUGUGACAGUAUUAUAUAAAAAGCUUUGUAUUAUUAAUUACACUUUUUUUUUGUCUGUUUACAUUACGAGCAAAUGACAUAUCAACAGAGAGCUUCCUGCAAUAUACGUGGGGGAGGGAGGGGAAAAUAUGCCAAAGAAAUGUCUUUAAAGGGGUCUUUUGCAUUUUUAUAUAAAUAGAACGUUUCUAGCAGAUAUGUUUUGUUUAAUAUAUUAAAGAUUUGCAAAUCUGC